GGCUGAUAGAGGAACUGACCGUCCUGCGGCUGGCCUUUUGACAACACUCCACAUCCUCUCCUGCUUCAUUUCAGAACGUUCAAACCAUGAUUGGAUAAAAAAAAAAAAAAACAAGCCAGCACCGACUUUCUUUGUGAAGAAGCGAAUUUACUCGUCAGCUGCAGGUAUGGCUUCUUUCGGGCAGCCGGGCGAGAUGACCGAGUACAAGAAGAUCCUGAUCAAACGUGACUUGGAGAUGGGCGUGGUCAUGACGGUGUUCAGGCAGAAGGUGGAGCGACUCACGGUGCAGGUCAUCAUGGAGACCCGGCAGGUGGCGUGGAGUCGCACCGCAGACAAAACUGACGGUGCCUUGGACCUGUUCGAGAUCAGGGAAAUCCGUCCGGGCCGAAACUCCAAGGACUUUGAGCGCUUUAAAGACGGGAAGGACAGGCACGAUGAGAACACCUGCUUCACCAUUUUCUACGGCUCCCAGUUCGUCCUGAACACCCUGAGUCUCGGAGCUGAUUCUGUUGAGGAGGCGCAGAAAUGGUUGACAGGACUCGACCUGCUGUGGACAGAAACUUUGGCAGCUCCAACUCCAGUUCUUAUUGAAAGCUGGCUGAGGAAGCAGAUGUAUUCUGUCAAUCAGACCAAGAAAAACACCCUCUCUGUGAAGGAGCUGAAGUCUCUGCUUCCUACGAUUAACUAUAAAUCCCCCAACUCUCGGGUGCUCAAAGACAAACUACAGGAAGUUGGAGUAAAGAAGGACUGGCUGGAUUUUGCACAGUUUCAUAAGUUUUACAACAUGAUCAUGUUCGAACAGAACGAGAUCCUUGAUGAAUUCAAGAAGGAAUCCUGUUCUUUUAUUCUGGGAAACACGGAUAAAUUAGACGCCUCAGCUGUUCUGCUGCAUGAUUUUCAACGAUUUCUUCUUUACGAUCAACAGGAACCCUGGGCUACGGAUCUGAAUCACGUCAGAGAACUGAUGACCAUAUUUAUUGACGACACCAUGAGAAAAACCAACGAUCCUGAGUUCACCGUCAGCGAGUUCCUCAGCUUCCUGUUCUCCAAGGAGAACUCUGUUUGGGACGAGAAGUUCUCAGAGAUCAACAAUCUGGACAUGAACAACCCGUUGUCUCAUUACUGGAUCAGCUCCUCACACAACACCUACCUGACAGGUGAUCAGCUUCGCAGUGAGUCGUCCACCGAGGCCUACGUUCGCAGUUUACGUCAGGGAUGUCGAUGUGUUGAACUGGACUGCUGGGAGGGCCCCGGAGAGCCAAUCAUCUAUCACGGCAGGACCAGAACGACCAAGAUUAAGUUUGAGGAUGUGGUCAAAGCCAUCAAUGAGCACGCUUUCAUCUCCUCAGAAUUUCCUGUAAUCCUGUCCAUAGAGGAACACUGUCCUCUGGAGCAGCAGCGUCAGAUGGCGCGGAUCUUCAAAGAAGUGUUUGGAGACAAACUCCUGACUGAACCAGUGGAGCAAAUGGCCGAACAGCUGCCCUCGCCCACGCAGCUAAAGGGAAAGAUCAUACUCAAGCACAAGAAGCUGAAUGUGGAGGGCGGAACAGAGGCGAGCAAAGAUGGAAGGAAGGGUCUGAAGCAAGGAGACCUGGAGAUCUGGGACCCUGUGGACCAGCGGUGGAACAAGCACUACUGUGUGAUCUCUGAUGACAAGCUGUACUAUGCCGAGGAGUACGAGGAAGAAGAGGAAGAUCCCAGGAAGGUACGAAGCCCCUACCAAGACUUGCACUGCACAGAGCCGUGGUUUCAUGGUCACAUACAGGACGGCCGGCUGAUGGCUGAGAGACUGAUCCAGAACUACUGUGCAGAAACUGGAGGACAAAAUGGCACCUUCUUGGUUCGAAACAGUGAUAGAGUUGCCAAUGACUACACCCUCUCGUUUUGGCGCAAUGGGAGAGUCCAGCACUGUCGUAUUCGCUCCAGUUCAGAAGGAGGCUACAAUUUCUUCUACCUGACACCAAACCUGCAUUUUUCCAGCAUGUACUCUCUGAUCCAACACUACAGAGAAACACCACUGCGCUGUCAGGACUUUGAACUGCGCCUCACUGAAGCUGUUCCAAAACAAGACCCUCAUCUGCAGGAAGGGUGGUUCUACAGUAAUCUGAGCAGAGGGCAAGCCGAGGAUUACCUGCUCAGGAUUCCACGAGAUGGAGCGUUCCUCAUCCGACAGCGAGAAGGUGAACCAGACUCCUUCGCCAUCACGUUCAGAGGUGAUGGUAAAGUAAAACACUGCCGGAUCCAGAAAGAGGGAAACGUGUACCUACUGGGCACCACUACAGAGUUUGAGAGUCUCGUGGAGCUGGUGAACUACUUCAGGAAGAAGCCGUUGUAUCGCAAAAUCAAGCUACGUUACCCGGUCACGCCUGAGCUGGUUGAACGCUUCAGCCAUCAUGAAAACAGCGCUGACAUAUAUGCAAAGACGUACGUGGAACCCAAUGAGAUCGAGGCCUCACUGCCCCAAAAUACAGUUAAGGCUCUAUACAGCUACCAGGCGACGAGACCAGAUGAGCUCAGCUUCACCAAAGGCGCGCUGAUCCACAACGUGUCCAAGGAGAACGACGGAUGGUGGAAAGGCGACUAUGGAGGAAAGAUACAAAAGUUUUUUCCUGCAAACUACAUAGAGGAAGUCUUCAACAGCACCCAGCCAGACACUAAAGCACAGGACCUGGAAGACAACCCACUUGGAGAACUCUGUAAGGGUAUUGUGGACAUCUCUAAGUGCAACAUUCAGACCAUGAAAAAUGGUAAAAACGGGAAGACCCAUGUGUUGGUCCUACAGAACAAGGAGCACGAUGACAUGGCGUUCGAUCUGGCCACAAACUCUCUGGAGGAGCUGUUUGAUUGGUACCAGGUGACCUGGGACAUAACUCAGAGAGAAGCAAGCAAACAAUACAAAAAGAAACAAGAGAUGAAACAGCAGGAGGAAGUGGAGAAGAAGGCAGAGGUUGCCAUGGAGAUGUCGGACCUGGUGGUCUACUGUCAGCCACGCAGCAAGGAGAAGGACCGCUUUGAGAGGUACACCUACAAAGAGGUCCGCUCCUUCAUGGAGAACAAGAUACCUGGAAAGCGCCGCACCAGGGACUUCCUGCAGUACAAUCGCAAAGCUCUGAGUCGUGUCUACCCUAAAACUCAGCGCAUGGAAUCCUCCAACUAUGACCCCUACCCACUGUGGGCGGUGGGCUGCCACAUGGUGGCUCUCAACUUCCAGACUGCAGAUAAAUACAUGCAGCUGAACAGUGCCCUCUUUAGCCUGAACGGAUGUACCGGGUACGUGUUGCAACCAGAGUUCAUGCGUUUGGAUAGCUACGAUCCUUAUCAGGAGAAGAAGAUGGUCAAGUACAUCAUUAACGUCAAGGUGAUUGCCGCCAGACACCUUCCUAAACUCGGCCGCAGCAUCGUCAGCCCAUUUGUGGAGAUCGAGCUGUGUGGACACACAGAGGAGAAGUUCAAGACCAUCGUUUAUCGUGAUAAUGGUCUGAACCCAGUGUGGAAAGCCCCGGCAGAACCCGUGGAGUUCAGCAUCUACGAGCCAGAACUCACCUACCUUCGCUUUGUGGUCAACGAGGAGGACAUGUUCUCAGACCCCAACUUCCUGGCUCAGGCCACAUUUCCUGUCAAAGGCCUCCGCUCAGGUUAUCGCUCUGUCCCUCUAAAGAACGGCUACGGUGAAAACUUGGAGCUGGCCUCUCUGCUGAUCCACAUCACCGUGCAACAAGCAGGGAGAGCGGAGGAAGAGCUGUACUCGUCCUCCAGCCAGCUGAAGAAGAAGCAGGCCGAGCAAAGCGAGCCCUUCUUGUACGACACGCACACCAACCUCCAGCGCUCCUCGCAGCCCCGCCCACCCAACCACCUGGUGAGGGAGUCCAGCGAGAGGCACAGGGUAAAAGAGAAGAAGAUAAACAACAGUAAAUUUUACUCCUGAGGCCUCACCUGUCCACCUGUCUGAGCGACAGACGUCCAACUGAAGGAGCUGAAUUUGUCAUCGUCACACCCAAAAUGACAACAAUCGAAUG